UACAUUAAGUGUUGUGUAUCUUUGUGAUCACUAAGUGUCUUCACAACCCCUAUUCAGUGAGUCUAAGUCCAGGAUCCCAACGGCCUUCCCCUUCGACCUGAGGCCCGUAAGCCCUGAGAAAGAAUCCAGCUCUACCCAUCUUUACCCACUAAUCCCACUGUCCAGGAGACUAGCGAUUCACCCUCACCUUUCAUCCAUCCUAAAGCCCCUGAGAAACUGCCUAGGAAUCGGACCCGUGAUCGCAGCCGGACUCCCGCAUCAUCAGUGACUGACAUCAAUAGUGGUGCAGGUCAAGUGAUUAGUGAAAGGUAAGACAACUAACCUUGAACAGACCCCAAGAAACAAUUACAAAGUGGAGCCCGAAGUAAGGGCGAGUAAAAGAACAGUUACAACGUGGCGCAUCCAACGUAAAGGGCCUGAAGUCUCAGCGAAGAAGGGUGAAGCCAGGAGGAGCAGCUAACACCAACUACAAACACCGAAGGAAACGGAAGACCCCCCCACAACACAACCCCCCACAACACCACAACCCCGACAACAGCAACGCCAACGGCAACAACGAGACGAGGACAACCCGGACGGAGCCACAGCCUACUCAACAAACACAGCAACCGACAUCACGCACUUGCGAAGGUCAGUAAGAGCACAAUGUCUAACAAAGAGUUAAGAAACAGAACAAUAGGGACUGUAGGAGUGGAGAGUGAUUCCGCGGCCGGGGAGACCGAGUUCGAUUGGCCGUGCGGACAAUCAGAAACAUUCGGACAAGAGUGUGUAGUCGAUAAUGGUCCCACCCCGUCAAUUACAGCAAACCCCCUAGAAAUCAGAGCAGAGGACGGGAGUUCAAAUCCUGCAGUUAACCCUGACACCGCAGAAAAAACUGUAAUAAAAAGCAUAGCCAACGAAGUAAGUCAGCCUGUCACUCAGGCCAUGCUACAAAAUUUGUUUGCAGAAGUGCUCAAAGCUAUCUCAAGCAGUAGCGACAAACUGCAGGAGGGUGUUAGCGCACAAGUUAGUUCAUUACAACAGUCGCAGGAGAGUGUUAGCGCACAAGUUAGUUCAGUACAACAGUCACAGGAGAGUGUUAGCGCACAAGUUAGUUCAGUACAACAGUCACAGGAGAGUGUCAGCGCACAAGUUAGUUCAUUACGACAGUCACAGGAGAGCGUUUGUGCCCAAGUUAAUUCCUUGCAACAAAGUGUUGAGGAAAAGAUAUGCAAAUUGCAGGAGAGUGUCCGAGCUGAUUUUAAAGUAGAGCAUGACAGACUCAUACAACGUUUCGAAAGAGAGCAAGAAAGGGUCAGCAAAGAGUUCACAGACAAACUCCGAACCCAAAGCGAGAAACUCACCUCAAUGGUAGGGCAGCUCCGGUCUGAAACGGAAACUGAGCUAAUAGUAGCUAGACAAAAAUUUGCUGAACUAGAGGAGAAAGUUAGCUCACAAGCCACCCAAACGAAAAACAACACAAACACUCUCUCUGUGAAAUUGACAGAAGUCAGGAACGACUUCGAGAAAAGGGUUACCGACGAAAUAAAAAUGGUGAGAGACGAAGUCACUCUCCGUACUGAUGAAUUAAACAGAGAAAGGUCGCAGGAAGCAGAACAGGUACAAAACAGGAUAGACAGGAUAGACUCAACCAUAAACAAGAUACAAAACCAGCUAUCUUGCCAAGCUGACGCAACUAGAUCAAGUAGUAUACCUCAGAAUGAUGAGAAUUGUGAACCUGUUCCGCUACCCCAAGCCAACCGAGUACUUUCACCACACGCCACCACGUGUAGUGAUAGUACCGGACUGUGUUCAUGUAAACUGAGUUCAUGUGUAAUAUGCAUGCAUGAGGGUGAUAAUGUAAUGCGAGUGAAUGCCCCUGUACGCCAACAUGUCGCAAGCAAUCCAUUACCUAUUUCCGAUUUUUCGCUCCCUCAGUUUGACGAAGGUACCGGGAUCAACCCCGUGUACUACCUCAGACAGCUGGACGAAUUCAUGACAGUGAGAAACAUCCCCCAGGCUCACCAGCUGUCGAUAGCAUGUAAAUCCAUCACAGGUUGUUUAGGCAGACAAUGGAUCGAAGCAAUUCGCCAUAAUCUAGCGGAUUACGCAGCUUUCAGAACUAAUUUCUUGAACGCAUGGUGGUCUUCGGCCCAGCAGAGUUUAGUCAAAUGUAAGCUGUAUCAAUCUAAAUAUAGCCGCCAAUCCGGCCUGUCGCUUUCAGCGCACUUCCUGAAACAUGCCACUUCCGCGUUUUACCUUGACCCGAAGCCCACUGAAUCUGAAGUCAUACAUGCGAUAAUCCCUCAUUUCCCGAUAGCAAAGGCCCUUGACGUGUUGAAACGAAUAGAAAUCAUGGAGAACCAGGAAGGAUGCGACCAGUACGAUUUGCCCCCUCACCAAAAACAACCUGAUCCUGACCGAAGGAAUCAACCCCCCCGAGGCCACUAUUACCAACGGCACGACCAAAGGAACGUACGGAAUGUGCAGAUGAGCCCUUCCCGACGCAAUGACUACUACAGCGGCUCAUCUAGACAUCAGAACAAUAGACAUCAAUCAAGGAACAACUCACCCACUGGGAGUGCCGCGAGACAAACUCUAAAUCCCCACGCCCCUAAUUUCAACACCAACCCUGGGCGCAGAGAAGAAGGGCAUUCUAGUGCAAACACGGCCCGACCGUUAAACUAGAAAGGAGCGCCAUU